AUGUCAGCUGAAGUCGCCGAUAACACAUCCUCACGCGUUCAGGAGGUCUCAGAAGCCAAAGACUCUAACGGUGAUCCUCCACAAACCCCCACUGUUGAAAGCUCACAAGCAGCCGAGAUUGGUCAUCUGCAUUCAGGCUCGGUAUCAUCAGUAGAGUCCUCAGAAUCCACGAAAAAGCUCAUUCAUAGUCUUUCGAAGCAGGGUCUCAGCGGCGUGCUACCGGGUGCAGAAAACUCCAAGAAGAAUGAUGAGAAAUCGAAUGAUGAGAAAUCAAAAAUUGAGGAUACGCCUAACUUGAAUCUGGGUGCUUCCACCCCAGCUACUGACGUUUCAGCUGUUCAGUCUCCUCUUUCGGACACUUUCCCUGUAAAUGGUGGUCAGGGAUUGCCAAAGGAGAGAAAACCAGUCAAGUUCACGGUAAGAAAAGUGUCUAGAGAAACAAUCAAUACUAGUGCCACAUCCUCUUCAAGCGGACAGCGCCAGUACUCGUAUGGCAAUUUACCAGAAAACCAAGAGCCCAAGGAGCGCAAGCCACUCACAAAAAACGAGCAGCUACAGCGUAGUCAGAACAAGUACGAUCUGUACGCCGUGAGAAUCGAGAAAAUCAACAAGGAAAUAGACUUUUUGACCAACCUUCUUCCGCCUUACAACGUGGAGAUCGACUAUGCUACACGGAACAAGAUUGCUCGUGCCAUCGAAAAAUUGAAGAUGAAACAGGACGAGAUCGAGAAGAAGAAAUACAGCUUGGGUAUCACUCUAAGCCGAUUAUGGAGAGAACAUGACGAAAGAGAGCUUUGGGUCCGCUCGGUGAGCAACCAGUGA